UAUAUUUCCUGGUGUACGGUGGCACAUAACUUUCUGCGUGUACUUAGCUCUGUCAGAGCCUUGCCAACUCCCCCACCCCGGCUUUGCAAAUAUGAUAAGACCAGCCAUGCAGGAGCUCUCGCAGCACAGCGGUAAUGGUUAACCAGAUAAUUUCAUAUUUGGGCGGGAGUUGAAAACAGACUUGUCUUUCCCUUUUUCUUUUUCAAACGCCUGCCUUUGCAACGAGCUGCCGGUCCCGUCGUAGCGAGGACUUACCAUGGAGGAGACAUUACGGCAAGAGAUUGAAUAUAAAAGCCAGAAUGAAGAAGACCAAGGUGGCAUCCGUGGCCGAUUGAGGGACAGAGAACUUCUCAAGAGGAAAAGAGCCGAAGCGGAGGAGAAGGAGACUUACCAGUGGGUUUUGGGAGUGGAGAGCCUGGGGAAAAGACAGAAGGCUGACCAGAGGAGAGGCGCAAAACGGAGGGGGAGGCCCAAGAAGACGGAUUGCACACCAGAAAGCUCUUUCACCCAGGAAGUCAAGGUUGCGGACCCCGAAGCUCCUGCCGUCGAGGUUCUUCCACAAUCAGUGGCGGUGAUACCAGCAUUAGGAUUAGACUCUCUACCGACUUUGGGCAGCGGGACUCUGGAACCAGUCUCAACAUGGUUGCCAAACCCAGUUCUUACUCCAGAUCCCAACGUAGCACUCGUUUCACCUCCAAGUCUUGUUCCGCCACCCAUCAGAGUUCCUCCAGCUCCAAGUGAAGCUCUGUCCGCUGCUCCAGAUGUUUUUCGGCCUUCCUCUGCAGCGUUUCCACCUGCGGCGCAAGAUCUGGCAACCAUUUCCGAUCAAAUUUCAGCUCCGGAUCUUGCUCCGCCUCCCAUCGCAGUUCUUCCAGAUCUGUCCGCUGCUCCCGAUCAGGCUUUAGCUCGAGGUUCAGAUCUUAUUCAGGCUCCCGGUCCUGUCCCAGAUCUCCCGACGGCACCAACUACAGCUCAGUCGUCUUCUCCGGAUUCAGAUCUUUUUACGCCCCCCGCCACAGAUCCUCCAGUUUCUGUCCAAGACCUGUCCACAGCACCGGGUCUUGUUCCAGUUUCGGCUCCGGAUGUUGUUCUUGUUUCCGCUCUAUCCCAAGCCCCUGUGUCGUCAGAAGUAGUCGGAGCUCCUGCCAGUGCCAUUCAACGGGUGGAGACCCUGUCCACAGAUUCUCAAGACAAGGAGAACAUCGACCUGGUCCCCAUUGAAGACUUGGGCCCAGACGAGCUAAAAAAUGAUGUACCUCCAACUCAGGACAAAAAAGCUGAUGAAGAUGUGAGCGAGAUGCCGUCAAACAAUGAGCCAGAAUAAAAUAAGAUCUUGGCAAUGCCAUCAUGCAAUGCCAUCAUUGACCCCGCUGCCGUAAGACUACCUCCCAGGAAAUUGAUUCUGAUUCUCUUUAGCCAUUCUUCAUACACUGACUCAUAACAUUGGGGGGGAGGGGGGAGUCCACCGGUGGGUUGUUUUAUUAUUCUGUGAUUAGCUUCAGUAUUAUUUUAGCCCAAAAUGCAGUCAUGGAUGUUGUGGCAGAAGAGACAACAAAUUAAUUUCUCCCCAUAAUUAAACCAAUGACUUUCUCACCAUUAUUAUUUUUAAAAUUGGAUGUGACUCAAGCAGCAAUAUCAUUGUAAAUGGGAGAAUAAUUUUGUUGACUCUGUAAAAACUGUUUCACCCAAUAAAAAAAAUAUGCUCACGUUUGCAGUUAUUGCUGUUCAUUCUUACGUGGGCAAAAAUAAAUGUGUUAAGACU